UCAACAGACGCAUUUUAACGCAGGAAAGCAAACACAUUUAAAAGAAUGUCACGAAGCAACGGAACAGCAACAACUUUAUAAAAUAAGCAUGGAAAACGUAUCUACAGAGUAUCUGAAAAAGUUGUCAACUAACCAAGGUUUCAACAGCGAAUUGUUAGACAAUGCAGGUCACUUUCCACACACCGAUGGUGCCGGUGAUAGUUCUGAUAUAUCAGAUAUUGUUGAUGACAUAUCUAAAGUUACAGAGGAAGAUGAUUCUAUCAAUAACGAUACCAGUGAAAGAUUUGUCAGCGUGCUUGAAAGGCGGAGAAUGAUGAGAAAAUUAGAGGAGGAAAAGGAAAUUGAUUGGAAAGUAUCUGGAAAAGUAGAAGAGGAAGAAAUGAAAAGUAAGGUUGAAAGUCUUUUAAGUAAACUAAAAGUCCGUUUUAGUGAGGAAAAGGAAGCUAGAAAGAGUAUAGUAAAACCAAACCGUUCAUACUAUAAUUUCUGUAAUAGUGUUGACGCUUUCUUAAGGCAUAUUGAAAAACCGAAAAUUGAUAUCAAGUACUCGGAAGUCAACGAUGAUUCACAAGGUGAGGAACUUUAUAGUUUCUGUAUUAGACCCGCAAGUGUUGGUAAAAAUAGAAAAAUCAGAUCAUUCGACACACCUGUAAAUGAUAGUGAUAUCAAUACCCUGACAACGAAGGAAAUCGACAGUGAGGUAACCGAGAAAGAUAUAGAUGAUGUUGAAAUCGGCAAAGAAAAUUCUGUAAUUAAAGAAGCUAUUGAGUCGCAUAUUGAACAUGCCGGUAAUGACGCACUGUUGGACAAAGCGAGCAUAUUUCAAGCAACUCUCGACUAUGAUUCCUCAUUCUCUGACGACAAAAUGUGUCCAGCCAUAUUUACAGACGACACUUUGCCAUACCACGAAGCAGACGACAAUAUUUUGGAGCAGGAUAUAUUCGACAAUAUGUUACAGCGGGAAUCAGAAGACAAUAUUGCAUUACAAGGAAAUGAGGGAUGUCAGUUUUAUCCGAUUGCUAACGAUAUGUGGACAUACGAAAAUCUCAGUCCGUUUCAAUGUGUUAAAUUCAGUCAUGGUCCAAGAAACAUGUCAAUGCUCUUUAAAGAAGUAUACCCGCAAAAUAUGUCUCCAAUUACCCAGAAUUCACCAGCGAUCGAUCACACAAAUGCUUCCAUUGUACCAUUUACAGAAACAGUCCCGUUUACAAAAAGGUACUCAUCAAUUUGCGGAAUAAACAUGACUGUUCCAUUGAAAUGUCUGAAGAAAAUAGUCAAAUACUACGCAUAUCAGUUCUUGAUAUAUGCUAAACCGACAUCAAAGAAAGCUUAUGGUUUUCCAGCAGGCGAAAAUCUGAUUGGAUACACUCGGCCAAUACAACCAAUAAUCUAUAUGUUGGCAUUUAAAGAUAUAAUUGGUAUCAUUUCACUAGCAACUGGCAUGUGUCCAAUAACCAAACAUUACACUUUAGACAUAUGGACGAAACCAUCACGCAAAUUUAUCACUGUCGGAAAAUUAAACUCUAAACAGAGACAUAACUUCAACAUAUUUGAGAAGUCAACAAAUGGCGUGUUUGAACACCAAGUAUCUAAAGUGCCGCAGAUAUUCAAUCUAAGCCUCGAAGACGAGGGCGUGCCUAAUGUCACAACAACAGCAGACAAUCAAAAUGUAUUUGCAGACGACAGUCAACGAACGGGAAACAUAUUUGAGAAGUCAACAAAUAAAAAGCCGCAUGGCGUGUUUGAACACCAAGUACCUGAAGUGCCGCAGAUAUUCAAUCUAAGCCUCGAAGACGAGCGCGUGACUAACAUCACAACAACAGCAGACGACCAAAAUGUGUUUGCAGACGACAGUCAACAAGCGGGAAACGAGAAGAUCAUUGACGAAUGGGAUGAUGUUGGUUCGUUUGGGAUAAUGUCCAUCUAUUGUAACAGUGAGAUUCAUUCCGGGUAUGCCAGAUUACCAGCAGACGAUUCGCCAGAAAGUAUCCAACUGAAAUAA